UCCUUCUCUUUCGCUGUUUUCCUUCGUCUCUCUCCGGUCUCCGCUCCUCUCGCCCCUUUCUUUCCUAGCCGCGUCCCGCGAGCCGGCGACGACAGGGCGAGCGGCCACCCUUUGCCAGAUCUUCGUCCGGCGCUUCGCCGGCGACAAGCAUCCGACAGCUGAAGAUGGCGAGGAUACCGUCCCUAAAGAGCCUCAAUGCGUUUCCGCACGCCGAGGAGCACUUGUUGAAGAAGACUUACUCCGGUGCUAUUGUGACAAUUCUUGGGCUAAUUAUAAUGUUUACAUUGUUCGUGCAUGAGCUGCAGUUUUAUCUUACCACCUACACCGUGCACCAGAUGUCUGUAGAUCUGAAACGAGGAGAAACUCUACCAAUCCAUAUAAAUAUGUCAUUUCCUUCUUUGCCAUGUGAAGUAUUGAGUGUGGAUGCGAUUGACAUGUCUGGGAAACAUGAAGUUGAUUUGCAUACAAAUAUUUGGAAGCUUCGCUUGGAUAGGUAUGGCCAUAUCAUUGGUACAGAGUACUUGUCUGACCUAGUUGAAAAGGGACAUGGGGCUCAUCAUGAUCAUGACCAUGGCCAUGAGCAUCACGAUGAACAAAAGAAGCAUGAGCCCACCUUCAAUGAAGAUGCAGAGAAAAUGGUGAAGAGUGUCAAACAAGCGCUGGAAAAUGGUGAAGGGUGUCGAGUCUAUGGGAUGUUAGAUGUGCAGAGGGUUGCUGGUAACUUCCAUAUCUCAGUGCAUGGUUUGAACAUUUUUGUUGCUGAAAAGGAUUUCCUGAGAAGCUGCUGCCUGGAAAAUCUGCUGUCUAUAGAAGCUGGGUGUUUGGCAAUCCUGAUCUUUUCUUGUUGAAUGCCCUUAAAGCUCUAUGCCCUUAAAGCUGAUAAUAGCUCAUUUGCUUCAUGAACAAAAGUAGGGCUGGCAAAAAAGCUCGAGAUUUUUGAAGGGUCAAGCCAUGUGAAUGUUAGUCAUGUUAUUCACGAUCUGUCCUUUGGCCCUAAGUAUCCAGGAAUUCAUAAUCCACUGGAUGAAACCACGAGGAUACUUCAUGACACAAGUGGAACUUUCAAGUA